GGAAAACAAGAGUCAUGGACUAAAGAUUUAGGAACAAACCAACAUCAUUUACUUAUAUUUUAUAUGCUUUAUGAUAUAGUUGUUGGAAAUUGAUAUAUACCAAAGUUCUAAGAUUUUUCCCAUCUUUCUCGUGAAAACCCUGGCUCACAAGCCAAUAAAGGUAACUACAACCUUCAACACCAUUUGAUCACAUUCAUAGUCUAGUAAUCUGCUUUCAGUUCCCAUUUCCAAUUAUCUAAAUCUCACUCUGAUCAGUUCUCUGGAUUUCCAUUUGCACCAUUCUCACGAGUUAGAUCAUUUCUUGUUCUUCUUAUCAUAGUUCUUCCUGUCCAAGUAACUUGGUUGGUGUAGAGUUUUUAUCUCUUCAUUUUCCUUGGUGUUGCUUUUCAUAUUCCUACUUCGUUCAGGGGUUGUUUAAAUUGGAACUUCAAAGUACAAGCUUUUUAGAUUUGGAGUUUAGCUCUUUGCAAGGAAUUGAACUGUUGAACACCAUUAUCAUUUGGGGGAUCUAAAAUUCCAGGUUUCUCGUAGCAUCGAGGCCACCACAAUGGUGUCUACUUGUGUGAGCUUGAAAGCCAAUACCCAUUUAGUAAAAUCGAGGAAUGACACUUUUCGUAAAGAUGAUGGUUUUUUCGGUGAAAGAAUCAAAGGGAGUCUGAAUUACAGUCCCUGGAUCAUUAAUCAAUUGGCAACAAGUUUGAGAACCCAGGAUAGGGUCAAGAAGACCAAACCUGGGGUUGUAUCUGCUGUUAUUACAUCAAAUGACACCAAAGAAUCUGUGACCUUUCAAGUGCCAUCUUUUUUCAGAAGAAAGGCUGACCCAAAAAAUGUUGUUUCCAUCAUAUUGGGAGGGGGUCCUGGGAUUCAACUCUUUCCUCUCACCAAAAGAGCUGCCACACCUGCUGUCCCCGUUGGUGGAUGCUACAGGCUUAUAGACAUCCCAAUGAGCAACUGCAUCAACAGUGGCAUUAACAAAAUAUUUGUAUUGACUCAGUUCAACUCCGCAUCCCUCAACCGUCACAUCUCCCGCACAUAUUUUGGAAACGGAAUCAAUUUUGGGGAUGGGUAUGUGGAGGUUCUGGCAGCUACUCAAACACCAGGAGAAGCUGGAAAGAAAUGGUUCCAAGGCACAGCAGAUGCUGUGAGGCAGUUUACAUGGGUAUUUGAGGAUGCCAAGCACACAAACGUUGAGAAUGUAUUGAUUUUGGCUGGAGAUCAUCUAUACCGAAUGGAUUACAUGGACCUUGUGCAGAGUCACGUUGAUAGAAAUGCAGAUAUUACAGUAUCAUGUGCUGCUGUUGGGGACAGCCGUGCAUCAGAUUAUGGAUUGGUCAAGGUAGAUGGCAGAGGUCGCAUCAUCCAAUUUUCUGAAAAACCCAAAGGUGCUGAUCUGAAAGCAAUGCAAGUAGAUACCUCGGUCUUUGGCUUGUCACCCCAAGAUGCAAUAAAGUCGCCAUAUACUGCAUCGAUGGGGGUUUAUGUGUUCAAGACAGAUGUCUUACUCAAGCUUCUGAAAUGGAGAUACCCUACGUCCAAUGACUUCGGAUCUGAAAUAAUUCCUGCAGCUGUGAGGGAACACAAUGUCCAAGCAUAUUUUUUCGGAGACUAUUGGGAAGACAUUGGAACAAUAAAGUCAUUUUAUGAUGCUAACAUGGCUCUUACUGAAGAGAAUCCAAUGUUCAAAUUUUAUGAUCCCAAGACACCCAUUUACACAUCUCCAAGAUUCCUUCCACCAACAAAGAUUGAUAAAUGUCGGAUUGUGGAUGCAAUAAUCUCCCAUGGAUGUUUCCUGAGAGAAUGUACUGUUCAACAUUCCAUUGUGGGUGAACGUUCACGUUUGGAUUAUGGAGUUGAGCUCCAGGACACUGUGAUGAUGGGAGCUGACAAUUACCAAACAGAAUCUGAAAUUGCUUCUCUGGUGGCAGAGAGCAAGGUUCCCAUUGGGAUUGGAAGGAACACCAAAAUUAGGAACUGCAUAAUUGACAAGAAUGCAAAGAUCGGGAAAGAUGUCAUCAUCAUGAACAAAGAUGGUGUUCAAGAAGCAGAUAGACCUGAAGAUGGAUUUUACAUUCGAUCAGGAAUCACGAUCAUAUUGGAGAAGGCAACCAUAGAAGAUGGCACUGUCAUAUAAAUGGCUCAUAGUACUAAAUUCAUGGGCUGGUUGCCAGAAGUAUCUGGAAGAAGCAUUCCAAGGAACAGCACCGUCUUAGGGGACAGAAGGGUCCAAUCGAGAAACCACCACUCCUUUUUGCUAUAUAUGUAAAAUAGAAGGUUCCACCACUGCGUGUAAAAAUAGAAUGAAUAAAUGAAGUAUGAAAUCAAUAUGCAUGAAAGUAAAUAAAAUGAAAGGUUGAGUGUGAACCAAACUGUUAUCUCCUUCAGUAUUACUGUUGCUUAUUAUGAAGUUGACCACUCCUUGCUCACAGUUAACACAACCAUAUUUAUCAUAGUUGUUUGAUAAAAAAGAUUCUAUGGGCUUCAUAGUUCAUACAUUAUUCUCCUUCUCCAUAUUGAGCAACAACCUUUAAACUAUUGGUCAUGAUUAGAAGUGUUAGGAAUGUGCAGUGAGGAACUAGCACAAAAGGACUUGAUUGUAAGUCUUGAAGGUUGCAUGUUUGGGAAGGGAACUUUGGUCCUUUGAAAACCUUGAACAGUAAUUCAUUGGCUAGCAUAAAAAAUUCACUUGGUAUU